GCUGACGGAGUAACAAAAAGGGAAGGGUCUCGCUCUUCUUGUCAGUAUUAUGAAUGAAAGUCUGAUUUAGGCUGAAUUUACUGCUGUCAGACAUCAACAUUAAGGUGCUUAUAGACGAGCUGGCCUGAGCUCGUGGCUUGUUCAAGAUGUCUGCAAGCGCCGUGUACGUCUUGGACCUGAAAGGAAAGGUCCUGGUGUGCCGAAACUACCGCGGAGAUGUGGACAUGUCUGAGAUCGAGCACUUCAUGACCCUCUUGAUGGACAAAGAGGAGGAAGGCACACUCUCUCCCAUCCUGGCCCACGGAGGAGUGCGUUUCAUGUGGAUCAAACACAACAAUCUCUACCUGGUCGCAACAUCCAAGAAAAAUGCCAGCGUCUCACUGGUUUUCUCCUUCUUGUACAAAAUUGUUCAGGUCUUCUCGGAAUAUUUCAAAGAACUGGAGGAAGAGAGCAUUAGAGAUAAUUUUGUUAUCAUUUAUGAACUGAUGGAUGAGCUGAUGGACUUUGGAUAUCCUCAAACCACUGACAGCAAGAUUCUGCAAGAAUACAUAACCCAGGAAGGGCACAAGCUAGACACUGGCGCCCCGCGACCCCCGGCCACAGUCACCAAUGCAGUCUCCUGGAGGUCAGAGGGCAUCAAGUACAGGAAGAACGAGGUCUUCCUGGACGUCAUUGAGUCAGUCAACCUCCUGGUCAGUGCCAACGGUAACGUCCUCCGCAGCGAGAUCGUCGGCUCCAUCAAGAUGCGCGUGUUCCUGUCGGGGAUGCCCGAGCUGCGGCUCGGCCUGAACGACAAGGUUCUGUUUGAAAACACUGGACGAGGGAAAAGCAAAUCAGUAGAGCUGGAGGACGUCAAGUUUCACCAGUGUGUCCGUCUGUCUCGCUUCGAGAACGACCGCACAAUCUCCUUCAUUCCUCCCGACGGAGAGUUUGAGCUCAUGUCCUACCGGCUCAACACUCACGUGAAGCCCCUGAUCUGGAUCGAGUCGGUCAUUGAGAAGCACUCCCACAGCCGCAUCGAGUACAUGAUCAAGGCGAAGAGUCAGUUCAAGAGGCGUUCCACAGCCAACAACGUGGAGAUUCACAUUCCUGUGCCAACGGACGCUGACUCACCCAAAUUCAAGACCACAGUGGGCAGCGUGAAGUGGGUGCCCGAGAACAGCGAGAUCGUCUGGUCCAUCAAGUCCUUCCCUGGGGGAAAGGAGUAUCUGAUGCGAGCCCACUUCGGUCUGCCCAGCGUGGAGGCCGAGGACAAGGAGGGGAAGCCGCCCAUCAGCGUCAAGUUCGAGAUCCCAUACUUCACCACUUCAGGCAUCCAGGUGCGCUACCUGAAGAUCAUCGAGAAGAGCGGCUACCAGGCCCUGCCCUGGGUACGCUACAUCACCCAGAACGGAGAUUACCAGCUCCGGACCCAGUAGGCAGCGGCCGGCAGGUGGAAAUCAGACGGGGUGGAGUCCGGCCGCUUAAUGUGCGAUCAUCACUGGCAGGUGGCAGUCACGACACCGGAGGGCCGUCAGUAUCUUACUUCAACUUUUUUUUUCUUGUUUUAGGUUUUUGUAUUUGUUGAAGUUUUAUUGAUUUCCGAUCAAUGCAAAGGGUUAGGGGUUCAAAACCAAGGUUACAUUUCACAGAAAAAGCGCAGGAGCGAUGUUUACAGCGGCCGAGGUGGGGCAGGGUCGUGUACAAUCUCCCACCGCAGGGUCAGUAUGUUACAGAUAUCAUUCAGUUACUGUAAUCCGGUCAAAAACACACUCGGUGGGUCUGAGCAUCACACUUUUUUUUUUUUGUCUAUGAAGCUGCUUUGUUCUGUCACAAUUCCUUUUCCUCCAUUUGUUGAUUAUCUGUAUAUAUUUGUUACAUGUCGAUGAACUCUGAUCAGUGUUAUUAGUUUAAAAAAAAAAAAAAAAAAAACCAACCUGCUAAUUAAAAGCAGAGUUUACUGUUUUUGUAUUAUCGCCUCCGUGUGCCAGA